UUUUCGACUUUAAAAAUAGUCAACACUCCUCUUAUCAAGCUGCCUUCGAUAAUAACAAACCACGAAAGCGUGGCAGUUUCUGCCCGCAAGACUUCUGCAUUCACUAACAAUAAAAUUUUAAAAUCAAAACCUAUUGUUGAAAAAUCUAAUAAAAACCAACAUCAAUUACUUUAUAAUCAUUCUAUUCAACCUGUAAUAAUGACACCUGACGAUAACGGUAUCCCUCAACGUCCUCCCAAGAUUUGUGUUGACUAUCUUUCUCAUGAGUGGAAUAAAGAAGAUGAUAUCUGGACUUCUUGGAGAGUCAUGUCAAAGCAGAAAAAGGAAAUCGCUAAUGGAAUCCGUCUAGAGAAUGCCUCUUGGAGAACUUGGGCUAAGCAAAAGUAUAACCUUAAAACUGUAAACCCUGAAAAACUUAAUUGGCUUAAAGACAGUGAUGUAACCUGGCUAUAUGGUCCCUUACAUACUGCUUGGCAUUCAGGGUAUGAAACAAAUUGUCAAGAAACUCCUACAACCGAAGACGAAUUAAAUUUAAUGCCUUCUUCAACACGUCACAAAUCAUACAAAUCAUGUUUGAAAAAGGAAAAAUCGUUUCCUGAAACUUUACGUCCAAAAAGAUCUCAUUUAAUUUCUAGUAAUUCCGAUACUCAAUUAUAUAAAAAACUUCGUGAAAAAAAAGUUGACGAUAGUGAUGUUAGUGAUUGUGAUACUUCUUCUACUUGCUCUUCAAUAUCGGGUCCUUCUACUCCUUUAGCUGGUCCUACAAGAUCUGCUCUUUUACCUCCUGUCGCUGAAGAUAGUAUUGUACAACAACAUCACAUUCGUUUUAAUGACCAAGUUGAACAAUGUAUUGCUGUCGAUUCUGCUGAUGAAGAUGAAGAUCUUUACGAUUCUGAUCUUGAUAGUAGUAGCAGUGAUGAAGGUUUAGAGAUGAACAUUUCUUUAAAAAAGAAAAAAAGGGAUUGUUCAACUAUAUGUAAACUUGCACCCACAAAAUUAAAAUCCGAUUCUAUUAACUAUGCACCAUCAUAUCCAAUACCAACAAUACCACCACCAAUACCAAACGCUCCAUUGAAUGAUCAAGAUCCAGGAAUAAUACAACCUUUACAAGGUGACUCAAAUGAACAAGGAAUUGUGGACAGAGCUGUAAACAUUGUUAAUAACGUUCGAGAAAUUGUAAAUUGGUGUUCUAGUGUGGUUUUUAAUAUUUAA